AUGCCUCAGAAGCGGCCGGCUGGCUGCAUCCUUCUCCUUACAUUCCUGGGUCUGUCUGGGAUAGUUGGCGCAGUUACCAGAACAUACCACAUUGGGAUUGUGGAAGAAUACUGGAACUAUGUACCCCAAGGGAAGAACGUUAUUACUGGGAAAAGUUUUGCAGAAGACAAACUUGCAACCUUAUUUCUCGAAAGAGGACCCAACAGGAUAGGCGGUAUUUACAAAAAGGCUGUUUACAGACACUACACAGAUGAGACCUAUUCCACGGAGAUCCCCAAACCUCCCUGGCUUGGAUUCUUGGGCCCCAUCUUGAGAGCUGAAGUGGAUGAUGUGAUUGUCAUCCAUUUAAAGAACUUUGCUUCCCGACCCUACUCCUUGCAUCCACAUGGUGUUUUCUACAACAAAGAUUCAGAAGGAGCCCUGUACCCAGAUAGAACAUCUGGAAGGAACAAGGAUGAUGACAAUGUUCCUCCUGGCAAAAACUAUACCUAUGUCUGGCCAGUGAGAGAAGAAUAUGCUCCUGCCCCAGCAGAUGCAAAUUGCCUGACCUGGGUGUACCAUUCGCACAUUGAUGCCCCUAAGGACAUCUGCUCUGGGCUAAUUGGCCCACUGCUGGUGUGCAAAGAGGGUAUCCUGCAUAAAUAUUCAGGGACAAGGACUGAUGUGGAUCAAGAGUUUGUUAUAAUGUUUGCUCUUGUGGAUGAGAAUCAAAGCUGGUACCUUGAGGAAAAUAUCAGACAUUUCUGCACUGACCCUGAUUCAGUUGACAAAGAAGAUGCUGUUUUCCAGAGGAGUAACAAAAUGCACGCGCUCAAUGGAUACCUCUUUGGAAACUUCCCCGAGCCUGAUAUGUGUGUUGGUGAAUCGGUGUCCUGGCACCUAUUUGGGAUGGGGAAUGAGAUAGACAUCCAUUCCAUCUAUUUUUAUGGUAACACUUUCAUCAGCAGAGGCCAUCGGACUGAUGUCGCCAACCUCUUCCCAGCCACCUUCCUGACAACAGAAAUGAUAGUUGAGAAUCCUGGGAAGUGGAUGAUAACCUGCCAAGUCAGUGAUCACUUUCAAGCUGGCAUGCUGGGGCAAUACAAUGUUGGUAACUGCAAAAGUGGUAUUUUUCACCCCAAGAUGAAGGGUCAACAGAGGCGCUACUUUAUAGCAGCUGAAAAAAUUCUUUGGGAUUAUGGUCCUCAAGGCUAUAACAAAUUCAGUGGUCUUCCCCUAAAUGCCUCUGGCAGUGACUCUGAGCUCUACUUCACACAAGGGGACAACAGAAUAGGAGGAAAAUAUUGGAAGGCUCAGUAUAUAGAGUAUGUUGAUGCAACUUUUACUCGAAGAAAAAGACCUUCUGAGGCAGAAGCCCACCUUGGAAUUCUUGGUCCCAUCAUCAAGGCAGAGGUGGGUGAUACUCUGUUAGUGACCUUUGCUAACAAAGCCGACAAGGUCUACAGUAUUUUGCCCCACGGUGUGAUCUAUGACAAGGCCUCUGAUGCAGCCCCAAAUGUAGAUGGAUUUCUGAAGCCAGGGGCACAUGUUAAGCCAGGUGAAACUUUCACAUACAGGUGGACGGUGCCUGAAAGCGUAAGCCCAACAGCUGAUGAUCCCCCCUGUCUGACCUAUCUUUACUUCUCAGCUGUUGCGCCAAUCAAGGACACCAGCUCUGGCCUUGUAGGGCCUUUGCUAGUCUGUAAAAAGGGCAUUCUCAAUGCUGAUGGGACACAGAAAGGAAUAGACAAGGAAUUUUACCUAUUAUUCACAGUCUUUGAUGAGAAUCUGAGCAGGUAUCUUGAUGAAAAUAUUCAGAAGUUUACCUGGCGUCCCUUCAGUGUUGACAAGGACGACAAAGAGUUUGUGAAGUCCAACCGAAUGCAUGCUAUUAACGGCUAUAUGUAUGGCAACCAGCCAGGACUAACCAUGUGCAAAAAGGAUAGAGUUUCCUGGCAUAUGAUUGGAAUGGGCAGCGACACUGACAUGCAUGGAGUUUAUUUUCAAGGGAACACCAUCCACCUACGAGGGACUCACCGCGACUCCCUGGCCCUGUUUCCCCAUGUCUCCACAACAGCAUUCAUGCAGCCGGACCGUGCAGGCAUCUUCAGGGUGCUUUGCUCCACCCUGUACCACUUCACGAGAGGCAUGAAUCAAAUGUAUGAGGUCAGCAGCUGCGGCAACAAGGACCCUUCUGAGCAGCCGUACGGGAUAAUAAGAACCUUUUACAUCGCCGCUGAAGAGGUAGAAUGGGAUUAUGCCCCUAACAAAAACUGGGAGUUCGAAAAGCAGCACUCGGACGGAGGAUGGGAAAGACAUGGAGAUAUAUUUAUGAACCACACUGAAAACUGGAUUGGCUCUCAGUACAAGAAAGUGGUUUACAGGGAAUACACCAGUGGAGAAUUUGUGGAGAUCAAAGCCCAACCGCCAGGAGAGGAGCACUUGGCACUCCUGGGCCCAAUGAUUCAUGCCGAGGUGGGCGACUCCAUCCUGAUCAUAUUUAUGAACAAGGCCAAUCGGCCCUACUCCAUCUCAGCCCACGGAGUGGAUGACAUGGAGAGUGGGAAGGGACUCCCAGUGCCUGUCACAAAGCCAGGAGAAAUAAAAACUUACAGAUGGAAUGUCCCUAAAAGGUCCGGUCCAGGGCCAUCUGACCCAAAUUGUAUUCCAUGGGUUUACUAUUCAACAGUAAACUUUGUGAAGGAUACCUAUAGUGGUUUGAUGGGUCCUCUGAUUACAUGCAGGGAAGGAGUGUUGAAUGAAAAGGGAAGAAGAAGCGACAUUGACUAUGAAUUUGUUCUCUUGUUUUUGGUAUUUAAUGAGAAUGAAUCCUGGUAUCUGGAUGACAAUAUUAAGAAGUAUCUUAAUAAAGAUCCACGAGAUUUUAAACCCUCUGAUGAUUUUGAGGAGAGCAACAAAAUGCAUGCUAUUAAUGGAAAGAUUUUUGGGAAUCUCCAUGGCCUCAUCAUGAAUGAAAAUACAAUGACAAACUGGUAUCUGUUAGGAAUAGGAAGUGAAGUGGACAUACACACCAUUCAUUAUCAUGCUGAGAGCUUUCUUUUCAAGAUAGAUAAAUCUUACCGAGAAGAUGUGUAUGACCUCUUUCCCGGGACAUUCCAAACCAUUGAACUGUUUGCGGAUCACCCAGGGACAUGGUUAUUACAUUGUCAUGUAUCUGACCACAUCCAUGCUGGCAUGGAGACAACCUACACAGUCCUUCGAAACAUCGACAACGGGAUUCCUUACUCCACCAAGCCUCCUUGUGGAGGAGCGUCCCACCCGGCCACAGCACCCUCUAAUGAAGAACCUGGCAAGGAGCAGCUCUACUUCUUCGGCAAGAAUCUGGGUCCCAGAGGAGCCAAAGCAGCCUUGGUCAUCCUUUUCAUCAUCGGACUCCUCCUUCUGAUUGUCACGGUGAUUCUCUCCCACACACUGUACUCUGCAAGGAAGCGGGUGGCAUAUCAGGAAGUCCAGUCCUGUGCGCUCCCCACAGAUGCUCUGUGACCUGCUGGUCUUCCUCAGUAGGGAAAAUGGACCAGGGUCUCGUUCACCAAGGAAGUCUGACACUGUUUCCUGGAUCAGGCUCUGACCCUCUGGAACACAUUCAAAGCAAUUUGCUUUUAUUUAUUUAUUUUAAAGGGGCUGUGAAUAAUCCUCAGGAUAAAAUAGAGAAAAAGAAGAGUGGGCAUGACUGAGAAAACUGACCCAGUCUGUUCUGUGAAUGAAUUCGCUGAAGUGGGAAGACCCUCUGAAAGAUAUCUUUGUUUUCUGUCUUUCAUAAUUCUUAGAUUAGAUAGUGCUUCCUUAACAAACCGUCACAUUCUCUAGAUGGACAAUUUCGGGAAAGAGUUACACUGCCUCAGACAUCUAACUGGGAUGGCGUUGAUUUUUCAACAUUGUUAUGUAACAUGCUUCCCUUAGUGGUUCCAGGAAAAAUAACU